AUGAUCGCAACUCGCUUUACAUCUUUCACUUUGGUGGUUCUUCUCUGUUUCGUCGUCAUGCUCGCUUACACAACAGCCCAGUUCGAUGGUUUUGAUGAUCGGGCCAAACGAAUGCACUCAUUGCGCUUGUUCAGGAACAGCAAAAUCUUCGCGAAACCAAGCGGCGGUAAGCGCUUCUUCAUGCCCGGUUUCUAUGGUCCAGACGAUCUC